UACGCAAGACCCAAAAAGAGGAGAAAGAGGAAACCUUCACGCCCUCCCAACUCUCAAGCUCAAGAUCAAGGUACCACCACCAUCAUCAUCAUCAGCCACCAACAUGUCGGACGUCUCGUGGGAUGACGAUGACUUCGAGCCCAAGAAGGCCACUCCGGCGCUGCCCUCCGACAAAUGGGACGGCGAGGAUGAGGAGGACGUAAAGGAUAAUUGGGAUGAUGAUGAAGAGAGGCUGACCCCCACCACCGAUAAAACUGACACCACCACCAUCACCACCAUACAAGUCAAGAAGAAAAAGAAGAAACUUGAUGAGAUAAUAGCAGAGAAAGAGGCCAAGCAGCAGGAGGAGGCAGAGCGGCGGAGGAGGGAGCUGGAGGAGCGGGCGGCCAAGAGCACACCGGAGGGUCAGCUGGCGGAGAAGCUCAGACUACAGAAGGUGCAGGAGGAUGCCGACCUGCAGCUGGCAUCUGAGCUUGUUGGGGACUCCACCUCUUCCACUCAGGAGGAUGACACCCGCAUCCUGGAGGGGGUGGACCUGAGAACAACAGAGGGGCUGACGUCACUGCGGCACGCACUGGUGGCUAAAAUAAGGGAAACAGACCGCUUGGAGAAAAAACCUGCGUACAUUACCUUCGUGGAGGACCUCGUGCGGGACCUCUGUCAGAACGUGGAGGUGGAUGAGGUGAAGAAGGUGACAGCGGUGCUCAACACACUGUACAAUGAGAAGAUGAGGGCAAACAAACCCAAGAGUAAAAAGAAGCAGCUCGGAAAGGCUAAGCUCAACGUGGGAUCCGGCCCCCUGGUGGAUGACUUUGCUGCAGAAUAUGACGAUUUUAUAUAGUGUUAAAUGGCUCUAGUAGAUGGUUAUUGUUGCUCCUCCUCCUCCUCUUCCUCCUCCUCCUCCUCCUCCUCCUCCUCCUCCUCCUCCUCCUCCUCCUCCUCCUCCUCCUCCUUCUUCUCUUCCUCUUCCUCUUCCUCUAACCUAAUUCUGAUUCUUAUUUCUCCUUUGCUUUGCUCCUAUACUCUCUCUCUCUCUCUCUCUCUCUCUCUCUCUCUCUCUCUCUCUCUCUCUCUCUCUCUCUCUCUUCAUAUUUGUUACUAUUUUUCUUUAUUUUUUUUUCUCCUUUUCUCUCUUUCUUCUUAUUUUGGCAUUUGUUUUUUAUUUAUUUUUGUUUUUAUUCAUGAUUUAUUGAACUGGGAUGUUACUUUGUUUAUUUUAUUGUUUAUUUAUUUGUUUGUUUUGUGAUUGGCCAGUUUUGUAAUAUGCUUGUGGACUUCGAGAGAGAGAAAGAGAGAGAGAGAGAGAUUUAUGGUCUGUAUUUUCUCAUUUCUUUCUUUUUUUCUCUCCUCCUCCUCCUCCUCCUUCUUCUCCUCUUUUGAUUUCAGUUAAUUAAUCAAAACUUUAAUUAAGCCUGAUACUACUAUUAUUAUUAUUAUUAUUAUUAUUAUUAUUAUUAUUAUUAUUAUUAUUAUUAUUAUUAUUAUUAUUUUACUUCCUCUUUCAUUUUCUCUUGAUCUUUUCUUUGCUUUCUUUUAUUCUCUCUCUCUCUCUCUCUCUCAUUCUUUCAUUAUUUUCUUCCUUGUUCCUUUCACCCUUUGUUCUUCUUCCUUUCUGUUCCUUUUUUCUUUCUUUCUUUCUUUCUUUCUUUCUUUCUUUCUUUCUUUUGUUUUUACGGAGACCUGCAGAUCUCAUUGUAUUGUUGUCAUGUCUGUCUGUCUGUUUGUCUGCCUGUCUGUCUGUUUGCAUAUAUACAACUUGUGGCCUUAUAGAAGAAAGAGAUAGCUCUCUCUCUCUCUCUCUCUCUCUCUCUCUCUCUCUCUCUCUCUCUCUCUCUCUCUCUCUCUCUCUCUCUCUCUCUCUCUCUCUCUCU